AUGGGUGCCGUCGUCUCUUGCAUUCAAAACCUCUUCCGAACCAUUGGCAACGUCCUCAUGGCCAUUGUCAACGGUAUCGCCAGCAUCCUGACCGCCAUCAUCCACGGCAUCGCCUCCUUCUUCAACAUCCUCAUCUCCUUCCUCACCUGCGGCUACUGCGGUCGCAAGCGCGGUGGUACCACGAGGACUAGGGGACAUCAUACGACGAGUCGUAUCUAA